AGCGUCACCUUCAAGGGUGAGGAGGCGGGGCUGGAGAAUGGUUGACCUUGUAAGGGAGAGGGAAGGAAGGAGGAAGGUUCUCGUCGCUCUAUACCCGCAUUGUCUUUUGGUUUCUCGAGAGGGACAUCCUGGUAUAGGCUGGAGACCGAGAGGGAGGGUGGAGAGAGGCGGAGUGAGCGAGGAAAUGGGUGGAGUGACAAUGAGAGAGGGAGGGACAGGGAGAGCCAAGUGAGGUCAGUGCCGCGGGAGACAGCAAGAGUGGUGGGCGGGCGGCUGCAAUGGACAUCAAUACCUGGCAAGACGCUUCUUGUCAGGGGCUUUGCUCUCCCUCACCUGACACACUUCACCCCUGAGGCACUGGCAUGCUCGGCCCGCUACAGGGAGUAACAUGUGACCAGCACCAUCGUCCAACACUCCAGGUGCGUGAUCAGAGCAGCACUCCCCGGCCCGCGCGAGGCUCACGCCAUGCUGUCAGGCCCCGGAUUCGGCAUGUACUCCAACAGCCCCACCAUAUCCGACCUUCCAGUGAUCCCCAUCGGCCUGGACAGGUUCGGCGUCAGGACAUUUCCGACGCCCUUCGUGCACAUCGAGCGCUGGAGCAUGGUGUGGGGCUGCCUGCCCGUCACCUACAGCUUCCCGGACCGCACCUGGAAGCUGUCGCCCUUCCUCACUGUGUGGAUCCUGUGCGGCGUGGGCUUCAACAUCCCCUGCUUCUAUGACUGCCUCAUGGCCUCCAUCGGGGGCGACAACAGCCUCACCUUGUACGUGAUGAUCCUGAUCGUGGCCGUGAUGAGCGUGUCGGCCAUCGCCAUGCACGUGCUCUCCCUCAUCUUCCACAAGGAGUGGGCCAUGUUCCUCAAUGGCUGGAUGGUGUACGAGAGAAAAUUCCCGACACUAACAACGGGUGUGCACUCUUACAAGCUGACUGUGCCUCUGUACGUCGGAUUCGUUAUCUGUGUCCUCUUCUUCGUGGUGAACAUUCUCAACGAGCUUCGCUUCAACCUGAUCAACAAUGACGGUGUAGGGCGCAUGCUGUCCCUGGUGUACGUGUACGUCAUCUACAGCUUCACGCUCUCCAUGCCCGUGUUGUGGGUGGUCAUGGCCUCCAAAGUGUUCGUGCUGUGCCUCUGUCACAUCAGACAGGAACUCGAGUGUAUUCUGGAGUGCGCCAAGUUCGGGCUAACCUGCACCUCCAACAUCCAGAAGUGCAUCGCGGCGGGGGACAUAAGUCUGCUGCAGGAGGCCGUGCUGGAGCUGCGGCGUAUCAUUCGUGCAUUCAAGACCAUCAUCGGCCCGUUCAUGUUGGUGAUGGUCCCCCACCACAUUAUCUCGCUCAUCUGCUUCCUCUACUGGACGCUUGUCUCCACCCUCGACUACACGGACUGGUACUUCCCCCUCAGCUUUGGCCUCCUCUCCGUGCAGGCCAUCGCCCCCAUCUUCUGCGGCGCUAUUUACAGCGAGCAGAUCCAAACUGAGAAAGACUCACUGAUCGAGCCUCUCCUGAUGCUCAAGGGAACAAUGAAGGACCAGGAAGCCAAAGACCAGAUGGCAACCCUUAUUGACCACAUCACCCGCAUGGAUGCCCAAAUUGAGGGACGAGGGUUUUUCAUCCUCAACAAGGGAAUGGCCACCACAGUUGUGAACACAGUGGUGACUUACCUGGUGGUGCUGAUCCAGUUCUAUGGCAGCAACACUGGCUAAAUGACUCAAUUGGCCUAGUCUGACUAGCUAAGUGACCUAGUUUCCUCUUCCUAAGUGUACAAACACUAUAUUGCGUAUCUUUUGUGUAAGUACUCAUACAGUAGAAUACUACAUGUUUUUCACUUCAGCAUUAGCAUCUGUUUGUAGAAAAGACAUGAUCAUGAAAAUUUAAUAUCUAAACCUCUAAAAAAAUGUCAGUCAUAGUUAUCAUGAAUACCAACACCAUGAAAAACACAAGUGUGUCUCAGAAGCAAGUAACACUGGCAACUUGACCAUUACAUAGCUAGUCAAGCCAGACCAUCAUGUAAAUAUUAAUUUCAUGCUUAUAUUUGCUCACUGUAAUCAUUGCUUGCUUAUAAUCAAAUAAGCAGCUUUGUAAUCAAGCAUAUGAAUGUAGUCAGGUGUUGCUUACUGUAUGUGAAUAUGCACUUCGUCUGUCAACCUUGCAUGCCCUACCUUAUACACUGUAGAUAAAAACAAUACAUAUUGAAAAUAAUGUCCAUGAGCAAUUAUUAUAGCACUGAGCAACCCAUUUGUCUACACACACCCUAUCCACACAAAAGGCUGACACCUUCCUCAAAAGAGGGUAGCACAGGUGAGAUGCAGCUUGUCUUAUGUUAUUAUUAUUUAUUAUUUAUUUUUAUUUUAUCAUCACUUCUUUAUAUAGAGAAUGUAUAGAGAGUAUUCUUCUAAGCUAGCUAUGGAGUGUGUGGCUGGGCCAUGCCCCCAACCACAGAGGAGCAAUUAUGUGUAUUGCACUAAUAAUGUACUGUACCAAAUGCAUCAAAGCAAUUAACAUAGGUAGUUUUAUACAUAUUUAGAUAAUAAAUAUAACCACAUAAACCAGUCUUUUAAGACAGGAAAGGCACAGAAAAAUGUAUAAACAUUUCUUUAUUAUACAUGAAUGCAUAAUUUACAUAAAGUUUUCAUAAUAUUACCUUGGUGAGUCUGGCUCUGUGUCAAUAUAUCCAGGUGACAGGCAAAGCAGGGCAGGCAGCAGGACAGGACACACAGGUGGGUGGGGCAGGCACAGGACAGAGGAGUCACGGGACAGACAGGAGGGUUGAACACAGGGUGAAGGGGAACAUGACCAACAGCUUUGAGGAAACAGAUGCACUUUCCUGAAAUGAACCUCAUAAUAUUGGUGAGCAGCAACAGAAACAUCUAAUUGCAUACAUAAUUUUCCAUACAACUUGCAACUACAGAGUUGAGAAGUCAUGUAGAGCUUUACUUACAGCCAGACUGCACAUCUAAUUUUCCAUUUUCUGUCAGAAAUGGAAAGUGUCACUAAUUCAUCCAUUUUACAUAAAAAUAAACAUACUAAUUCUCCAUUUCUUCUAAAGAAUAGAAGACCAUUAUCAGAACACCAUAACAGAAAACAUAACAAACACAGUAUACAGACAUAAUACAAAUGGAGACUCAACAUUUACACACAAUAUAAAACUUCCAAUAACAUCAGUAAAGAAGUUAGCAUUGUCUAUAAUUUCUCAUCAGCAAAAUGUUACUUUGUGUUAUCAUCAUAUGGCAUUUGUUUGAUUAAAUAAGAAUGGAAAAUAGUAUUUUUUAAGAGCUGGUCUCUACUCAUCAUAAAUUAUUAUGGGAUAAUUCUGAAUUUUUCCCCAAUUACACACCAGCUGGUUCAGCUGGCCAGUAAUGCAACUACAUCACAGCCUCAUGGUCCUUAAAUUUAUAAAGCCAUGAUGUUUUUUAUGGCUUGAGCCAUUAUUACCUGAUAUGCUUUAGAUAACUUAUUUCACUUGGUAUACAUGAAGUCAAGAAAUCCUACAAUGUUAAGUGAUACAGCUAUUUUGAAAAACACUAGCACUACAUUUCCAAGUUUCUUUUGUGAAAAGAACAUCUGACCAAGACAAGGAAGGAUACUUUGAUAAAUGUACCUCCACACAAAGGUCCAUUUUCUCUACCCUGGGAAUGGAUAUGAGGACAUGGCUCCAUGACGGCUGCUUGUUGACUGGAUCACUGGGUACUUUGAGUGGUGUGUGUGGAGAUCUUUUCAAAUAAUUGUGAACAACUGUUACACACCUCAUAAUUAUCUACUUAACUAAGAUGACUGGAACGUGUCACUUUUUUACUCA